AUGGACGACUCCGAUGGCCACUCAGAAAACGAAAUCGACCUCACAGAGACACUCGCAACCAUCCCAAGCAAAGCAAACGCCACAGCAAACCUGGCCACAUCCGAUGACGACGACGACGAGGAGGACCAGUUCAUCAGAACAUCCGCUCGCAGGGCCAACUUCAAGGCAGGCGCAAAACUGCUCAAGUCGACGGCGACCAGCAGCAAGAAGAACAUCACCGGCGGAGGAUCCUUCCAGUCACUCGGACUCCACCCAUCCCUCCUCCGCGCCAUCCUCCUCCGCGGAUUCAACUCGCCAACCCCCAUCCAACGCGCAGCCCUGCCCCACAUCCUCGCCAGCCCCCCACGCGAUGUCGUCGGCAUGGCCCGCACCGGAUCCGGAAAGACCCUCGCCUACCUCAUCCCACUCAUCCAAGCGCUUGGAGGCAUACACUCCGUCCAGUUCGGAAUCAGAGCCCUCAUCCUCGUACCCACCCGUGAACUCGCCCUCCAGGUCCUCAAAGUCGGCAAAGAUCUCGCAAAGGGCUUCAUCCAAGGCGAUCACCGCAACAAAUCUUCAUCCACUGCCGAUCAGCCCCAUAGCAAAGCUGAAGGCCUCAGAUGGGGCCUCAUCGUCGGCGGAGACUCACUCGAGGAUCAGUUUACAAUGUUCUCUACCAAUCCCGACGUAAUCAUCGCCACUCCAGGCCGUUUGCUUCAUCUGGUAGUCGAGAUGAACCUCGACCUCAAAUCGGUCUCCUUUGUGGUCUUUGACGAAGCCGACAGAUUAUUCGAGAUGGGCUUUGCCACCCAACUAGAAGAAACCCUCCAUCGACUGCCAGCCAACAGACAAACCCUGCUCUUUUCAGCCACCUUACCCAAGACGCUGGUCGAGUUUGCCAAGGCUGGCCUACAGAACCCAAAACUGAUCCGACUGGACAGCGAAUCCAAGAUCAGCUCGGACUUACAGAUGGCCUUCCUGAGCGUCAAGCCGAUCGAAAAGGAGGCCGCCCUGCUGGUCUUGAUCUCCAACAUCCUCAACGUACCCAAGCCCGACAUCAACCAACAAUCAAUCGAGUCUAACUUCUCACGAGGAUCCGGAUCGAACCUAUCCAAGCCCAGAAGCAAACCCACUCAGGAACUGGCAGCCCACCAGACCAUCGUCUUCACCGCCACCAAACAUCACGUCGAGUACCUCGGUGGACUGCUGAUUGCCGCUGGCUACCGAGUAUCGUUAAUCUACGGAGCACUCGACCAGACGGCCCGUCGGGAACAGCUUGACUCCUUCCGACUCGGCCAGACCAACAUCCUCGUCGUCACCGAUCUGGCCGCCCGUGGGAUCGAUAUCCCGAUCCUCGAGAACGUCAUCAACUAUGACUUCCCAAGCUCUGCCCGUGCGUUUGUCCACCGAGUCGGACGGACCGCUCGGGCCGGCCGGAAGGGCUGGGCGUACUCACUGGUCACCCAAUCCGAACUGCCCUUCCUCAUGGACCUCCAACUCUUCCUUUCCCGACCCCUACUCGCCUGUCCCACACCAGCCACCGAGGACCCGAGCCAGGUUGAUUUCUCAUCCAGCUUGGUGAUCGGAACGAUCCCUCGGGAACUACUUGACGCCGAGACCGAAUACGUUCGCGAAACACUAGUCUCGCCCAACUCGGCCCUCAUCGCCCUCGCCGGCGUCGUCAAGCGGGCCCAGAAGAUGUACGAGAAGAGCCAGAGUACGGCGAGUAAUGAGAGCCAUCGCCGGGCUAAAGAAUUUGUGCUGAACGGCAAAGGGUUCAGUGGGGCCAAGAACGAGGAGGCAUCGAUCCAUCUCAUCUUCAGCGAUCGGAAACAACAAGGAGAGCCCGUCGGAAUGCCCUCGGCUCAACGGAGCGUCAAGCGGGCCAAGAAGGAUGCGCAGGCGAACCAAUUGAGAGACCAGCUGUUGGCCAAAGUCAACCAGUUCACGCCCAACGAGACCGUCUUUGAGAUCGGUACACGCGGCAAAGGCCUCGCUGCACAGCUGAUGAGAGACCGGCGGAAGUCGAUGGGAAAGAAGAUCGCUGGAUCCAAGGAGGCCGCUAAACUCCGAGAGGACAAACAACGUGCAGAAGAACAGACCUUUGAUCCCACCACAUCUCGCGUCAAACGCACUCAGACUUCUGAACCCGUGAUCGCUGCUACCGAAGGAGAACUGGAGGAAACAUUCGAGAUGCCGCGCAAGAAGCCCAAAGUCAAGGAAGCUUUCCGGGAUCCGGAAGCAUACCUGACGUAUGAGCAGAGUGGGGCAGCAGAGGAGAAGGGGUACAAUCUGAACGAAGGCACGUCGGCGGAGUUCGUGACGCAGAGUAAAGCGGCACUUUUUGAUUUGGGCACGAACGACGAGGGCAAGCUGUCGAGUCUGUCGAACACGCAGAAAGCCUCGCAGGUGAAGUGGGACCGGAAGACGAAGAAGUUUGUCAAGGUGGGCCAGAUGGGCCAGGACAACAUCAAGCUGGUGAAGACCGAGAGCGGUGUCAAGCUCCCGGCCUCGUUCAAGACGGGCUCUUUCGACACCUGGAAGAAGGCCCAGAAGAUCCGGAUCCCGAAUGUCGGCGAGCAGGAGCUCGAGCACUCGAAUGCAUUCAACCACCUCCACCGCAAGUUCCGCCACUCCAGCGGGGCCCCUACCGGCCCCCAUUCCCGCGAGCCCCACCAACGUCACAAGCCUGGCGGAGAGCAUCCGAGGAAAGGCCAGAAAACGUUCGGGAAGACAAUCGACGGGCAGAAGAAGUUCCUCGGCCCUUCCCAUACCGUCACCCGAGGCUCCUCCUCCUCCAAAUCCUCCUUCUCGGGCAAUCCAAGACACAACAACCACCACAAAAACUCCGCCCAUCCGGCGGCGAAGAAAAAGCACAAGAACAGUAGUAACUCUUCUGCCGGCUUGAAAUCCGUCGACCAGAUCCGCAAGUCGAGGGAUCUCAAGGAGCGCAGAAAAAUCAGGUCGAAUCAACCUUCCCGGCGCAAGAAAUAA